UCACGUGACAUUUACAACCAAUAGGAAAGGAAUACGCAGCUUUCUAGAUGAAUCGGUAAUAAUAAAUUGUUGACUGACGUGUUCAUUUUUGGUUUUGUAGCAAUUCCAAAUCGAGAACGGCAGAAUUAUUCUGGCAUUCGCAAGUGACAAUCGAAUAUUGUUAAAAUUGAAUAAAUUUCGUGAACAGUGAAGUGCAAGUAUACCUGGAAUCCUUCGUUGUGAAAUCAAGAAUCAACAACGCAAAACCACAUUCACAAUGGCAACAGCAUCUGUGAAUUCGUUUCUAAAUUCCUUUAAUAAUAAGCUGGAAGAGCCAGUCAGGCAGCACCUGAAAAAUGUUUACGCCUGCUUGGCAAUGUCAACGAUGGCAGCCGCUCUGGGAUCAGCAGUGCAUCUGUUUACAAACAUAAUCCAGGCAGGUUUCUUAUCAGCGAUAGGAGCAUUGGUGUUUUUCUUUCUACUAAUGAGCUCCACCGACGACGAUGGAAAGAGCCUAACAACUAGAGUAGGAUAUUUGCUCGGUUUCACAUUCCUCACCGGCGUCGGUUUGGGACCCCUGUUGGAGCACGUCAUUGUUGUGGAGCCCUCUAUCAUAGUAACAGCGUUCGUGGCCACAUCGGCUGUAUUCAUGUGCUUCUCGAUUUGCGCCAUGCUGUCCGAGAGGGGCAAAUGGUUGUACAUGGGUGGUACUUUGAUGAGCUUGUUGUCCACAUUGAUGGUUCUAUCGUUCGUGAACAUUUUCUUCGGAGCUGCAUGGAUACACCAAGUACAACUCUAUGUGGGAUUGUUGGCCAUGUGCGGAUUUGUGCUGUACGAUACUCAGAUCAUCAUCGAGAAACGCAGGAUGGGGGACAAGGAUUUCGUGGCCCACUCGUUGGACUUGUUUGUCGACUUUGUUGGAAUAUUCAGAAGAUUGUUGAUUCUACUAACUCAGAAGGAACAGGAGUCAAGGAAGAAGCGAAGAAACUGAGGAUGAUUAAUAUUAUAAAGGAAGAAUAUUGUUUUUGGUACAAAUCUAAAUUGUGAUUUGAUUUUCAUUAAAUAAAAAUAUCCAUCACUGGACUUAAUGGUUUCUUUAAUAUUUAUGUAAAUUAGUAUUUAAUAAAGGUUGUUUUUCUUUUGUA